AUGUCUUUCGCUUUGGUCUCACCUCCGCGAAAACCACCAGAUCGAAGGUCGUCUUCCUCGCUUCGGGUAGAUGCGGCGAUGCAGGAAGUUCGUCAUCCACCGGAGCCUCCAGAUCCACCUGAUGAAUCUAUGUCUGUUGACGAGACUUCUGAUUUUGCUCUCUCCGGAGGAACAUCCUUCAUGGGCCUUGCUGUAAACAAGGUCGCCUUGUCCUCUUACUGCAUUAUGCAUGACUCAUCUUCAUCGACGUGUGCUCAGCGCCACCAUUUACUUCAUGGAUGCAACUUGGAAUGUAGCAUCUUUGGAUUGUGGAGUUGA